AUGCCCCGGACCGGGGAUCCGGAUCGCUCACGCGCCCACUUCACUCGUCGUCACCGUGUCUUCGCGGGGCCGGAGCAGUUGCAGAGCAUCACUGUCUGCCAGGAAGAAGCUGCAAGCUCCAUGGGAGUGUAUCCGGGCGUUUCUGUCGCCAUGACAGAGUCGGAUGAUGUGGACAACAUGACGGAAGGCAAGUAUGUCUACUGGAUGGACCAAGAUAGCGACGUCCCGCGGGGCCACCUCGGCGAGGUGGUGGAAGUCCUGGAAGAGGAUGGGAAGCGAAGGGUCCAGUUUCCGCAAGGCAGGUGGAAAUUAAAGGCCGACGGGCUGAACGUCUCCGACUUGCAGAAGGGCACCUUCGUGCAUUCCACGAGCGACGAUUACGAUUUCGAUGUCAUCGGGGAGAUUCUCGACUUGGAUGAUGGCAAGCUGAUCGUUGAGAUCAAGGGCGAGAAGGUCAAGCAGAAGCCGAAGAAGCUGGUGAAGUGUGACUUCCAGCCUGGCAUGUAUGUAUUCUGGACGAGAUCCGACGAUGACAUCCCAGCGGGACACAUCGGCACAGUCUUGGGGGACCUGAACGAUGAAGGCAGGGUGAAGGUCAAGUUCCCCAACGGUUGCUGGCGCUUUAGACCGCGGGAGAUGGUGCGCUGUCACAUCCAGCACAAUUCCUACGUGCAAUGGAAGAACCACGACGAUGACAUCGCGAAAGGGGAGAUUGGGCAGGUCGUCGGCUCUCUGAACGACGAGGGCAAGGUCAAGGUCCAGUUUGCCAAGGGUUGCUGGCGGUUCGCUCCGGAGACGCUGUUCGCGCACGAAAUGCAGCUCGGCUCCUUCGUGACCUGGUCGAGCCACGACGAUGAUGUUCCGAAAGGCGAUGUGGGCCGGGUGAUCGGCAUCAAGCCGGAUGAGGGCCGGCUGAGGGUACAAUUUCCUAAGGGCACUUGGACUUUCAAGGCCAACAAGCUGAAGUUGCACCACGUGCAGCCAGGGAUGUUUGUCCAUUGGACGCACAGCGACGAUGACAUCCCGCGCGGGUCCAUUGGCGAAGUGGUCCGCAUGAGGGACAAGAAGAACCGCGUGGGUGUGCAGUGGCCACAGGGCCAAUGGGGUAUCAAGCCAAAAGAAUUGAAAGUGCUGCCCUUCCAAAAGAGUGACCGGGUGCAGUGGACAACCUCCGAUGACGACAUUCCCGAAGGAGACCUGGGUAUCGUGAUGGGCAUCUCAUACGAGGAGGACGGGACUGCGACCAGGCUUUCCGUGAAGUGGACGAAGGGCAGGUGGGCCAUGAAAGUCGGGCAGUUGAAGGCCAGCAACCUCGAUGCAGAUAGCAUCAACCAGCUCAAGUCUACCUUCAAGCGCUUUGACAAGAAUGGCGACGGAAAGCUGACAGUGGAGGAGCUCGCGAGCGUGCUGGGUCGACUCGGAGAGGGCGGGCUCAGCGAGGACGAAUGCCAGCAGCUCUUUGAUUCCUUGGACAAGGACUCUGACGGGAAAUUGACUGCCAACGAGUUCAUCGACUACAUCUUUGGGGGCGAAGCCACGGGCUCCCAGCGGAAGCUGCUGGGCGAAGGCUUUGGCCUGGAGGACCUGGUUGGAACGGGCGACCAGUCCGAGGAGGAAGAGGAUGAUGACAACCCCAACGACAGCAAUAACGGCGGCGGCGGCAACGUCAUCGUGGACCCGCCGCCGGCGGUGAUCUCCAAUGAUCCGGCAGUGAUGGAAGGCAUCGGCCCGGAUACGUCGGUCUCCCGCGCGGAGUGGGCCUCGGCGAUGCUCGCCGUGGGUGUCUGCCGCCAGGCAGCCCUGGACAGCUUCGACAGCUGCCAAGCAGCCAUGGGCCAGGAGGGUGACCUUACCGUUCAGAGCCUUGCUGCUGAGCUGAACGGCCUGGGUGGAGCCCCUGGUGUGGAGGAACUCCGGGAUGCCAUUGGCAAGGUGAAGUGCGGCAGCGUGAAUGCUGUGGACCUGGAUGCGCCUGCAGAGGAGAGCGACUUCGAGCGGGAGCUGGCCAUGAAGACAGGUAUGUAG